GCUCUGUUUCCGUCACUGCUCUGUCACUGUCGUUGCUCUAUCGCGCUCUGUCGCAAGCGAAUCGAUGGAAUUCGACCCGAUCCCAAUCGGUUCCUGCUCCAAAGAGAACCAGAGCAUCUACCAGCAGUUGUUUAAAUUACGCCGAUUCAGAUUCUAUCUCUGAAUGUGCAAAGCAGGACAGGAUGGAAAGUAGAGGGAGCAAAGCAAUGGCUGCACAGAAAAAUGGGCGUCGAUCGAAUCGAGAAAGGAAAAUGGCUUUGAUACAAGAUGUUGAUAAAUUGAAGAGAAAGCUGAGACAUGAAGAGAAUGUGCAUAGUAUACUUAAUACUUGCUUUCUUUCUUGUCAAGAACAAAGUCGAAGUGGCUGCACUAGAACAGAAAAGGCUAGGCAUUGGCGAUGGAUCAGUUGGGAUGUUCUCCUCACUUAUUGUUCGCGCAUGCAGGAAGGUGAUGGAUGGCAGAACCACGACUGGGCAAGAACGACGACACGUGUUUGGCGGCGACGCUCCUCGCGGUUCCGGCGAUAG